AUGCCGUCGCCUCUCGAACGGCUCCCGAAUGAGCUGCUGGACCAGAUCAUCUCCUACCUGGAUACUGAGCCACCGUCUCAGCGACAACUGCAUAAGGAGCCAGAUCAUGACAUAACGCAGUCCCGAAAUAAGAGUCUCAAACACCUCUCGCAGUCUUGCUCCCGCCUCGCCACUCUGGUGCGGCCUGUACUCUUCGCCUGUGCGCGCUUUGUGCUACACGACGCACCCGCGCAGUUUUGCACGUUCGUGCUGAGAUAUGGCCUCGCCCGACACAUCAAAUCCAUUGUGGUGCUUAUCUAUGACAAACAUCCACGGAAAUCCCUCGUUGGUCUCUGGCUAGGGCAGAUUAUUGACUCAAUUGAUCCUCUACGCAUUACAGUUCUCGCGCCACCAAGGGUUAUUGGCGAGACAUUCCAGAUCUCGAUCAAUGAAAAUGAUAGUUGGGCAUUUGGCAUCGAGCAGCAAAUACUGCAGCUAGAGCAGAACAGCUAUGGCAAUGUGGUGGCCCACCCACCAAAUCAAUCGGCAUACAUACUCUCUGCUCGCCCAUGGACAUCAAUUUCCUUCAACGAAGCUUCCUGUCUCAAAGCCUACAAUCACUACGAAUAUUUCCUCUCGCAGGUGCCCUCAGUGAUGGGGCGAUGGGGACAGUCACUGCCUCUGAUGUAUCCGUCGGGUGUUAACCCCCACUUUCAAGGGCUCACGUCCCUAUCUUACACGGCCAUUUUUCCAUUUUACAACCAUGUGGAGCACGUUUUUACUGCGAUGCAUUUCAUGCCACAGUUACGCGUGGUGACCGUACAGCUGGCUCCGGAUGAGGAUAAUCACGCCACUGAGAUUGAACAGCGUGGCUCGCUGGAUCCAAAUGACCCUUGGAUGGAACUGGAAUCCUCUUAUUCGGUGAUUGGGUUCAAAGUAGCCACUAAACCAUCAUUGGUGGAGUUUCGCAGUCGAGACUUGCAUGUCCAGGCAGUGCGACCGGAGCUGACGAGAAUCCUAAAGGUGCAAUUAUUAGGAUGGACGCAUGAUGGCCACGGCGUUUGGCGACGAUCAGCCCACCAAGGCCCUGUUUAG